GAGGAGAGGAGAAGAGAGGAGAGGAGAAGAGAGGAGAAGAGAGGAGAGGAGAGGAUAGAAGAGGAGAGGAGAGAAGAGGAGAAGAGAGAAGAGAAGAGGAGAGGAGAGGAGAAGAGAGGAGAGGAGAGGAGAAGAGAGGAGAAGAGAGGAGAAGAGAGGAGAAGAGAGGAGAGGAGAGGAGAAGAGAGGAGAAGAGAGGAGAAGAGAAGAGAGGAGAGGAGAAGAGAGGAGAGGAGAGGAGAAGAGAGGAGAAGAGAAGAGAAGAGAGGAGAAGAGAGGAGAGGAGAGGAGAAGAGAGGAGAAGAGAGGAGAAGAGAAGAGAGGAGAGGAGAAGAGAGGAGAGGAGAAGAGAGGAGAGGAGAGGAGAAGAGAGGAGAAGAGAAGAGAAGAGAGGAAGAGGAGAGGAGAGGAGAAGAGAGGAGAGGAGAAGAGAAGAGAGGAGAGGAGAAGAGAAGAGAAGAGAGGAGAGGAGAAGAGAGGAGAGGAGAGAAGAGGAGAAGAGAGGAGAGGAGAAGAGAGGAGAGGAGAGGAGAAGAGAAGAGAAGAGAGGAGAGGAGAAGAGAGGAGAGGAGAGGAGAGAAGAGGAGAAGAGAGGAGAGGAGAAGAGAAGAGAGGAGAGGAGAGGAGAAGAGAAGAGAGGAGAGGAGAAGAGAGGAGAGGAGAGGAGAAGAGAGGAAAGGAGAAGAGAGGAGAAGAGAGGAGAAGAGAGAAGAGAAGAGGAGAGGGGAGAGGAGAAGAGAGGAGAGGAGGAGAGAGGAGAGGAGAAGAGAGGAGAGGAGAAGAGAGGAGAGGAGAGGAGAAGAGAGGAGAGGAGAAGAGAGGAGAGGAGAGAAGAGGAGAAGAGAGGGGAGGAGAGAAGAGGAGAGGAGAGGAGAGGAGAGGAGAGGAGAGAAGAGGAGAGAAGAGGAGAGGAGAGGAGAAGAGAGGAAAAGAGAGGAAAAGAGAGGAGAAGAGAGGAAAAGAGAGGAGAAGAGAGGAAAAGAGAGGAGAGGAGAGGAGAAGAGAGGAGAGGAGAAGAGAAGAGAGGAGAGGGAAGAGAAGAGAAGAGAGGAGAGGAGAAGAGAGGAGAGGAGAGAAGAGGAGAAGAGAGGAGAGGAGAAGAGAAGAGAGGAGAGGAGAGGAGAAGAGAAGAGAGGAGAGGAGAAGAGAAGAGAGGAGAGGAGAAGAGAGGAAAAGAGAGGAGAAGAGAGGAAAAGAGAGGAGAGGAGAGGAGAAGAGAGGAGAGAAGAGGAGAAGAGAGGAGAGGAGAAGAGAAGAGAGGAGAGGAGAGGAGAAGAGAAGAGAGGAGAGGAGAAGAGAAGAGAGGAGAGGAGAAGAGAGGAAAAGAGAGGAGAGGAGAGGAGAAGAGAGGAGAGGAGAAGAGAAGAGAGGAGAGGAGAAGAGAAGAGAAGAGAGGAGAGGAGAAGAGAGGAGAGGAGAGAAGAGGAGAAGAGAGGAGAGGAGAAGAGAAGAGAGGAGAGGAGAGGAGAAGAGAAGAGAGGAGAGGAGAAGAGAAGAGAGGAGAGGAGAAGAGAGGAAAAGAGAGGAGAAGAGAGGAAAAGAGAGGAGAGGAGAGGAGAAGAGAGGAGAGAAGAGGAGAAGAGAGGAGAGGAGAAGAGA